GUGAUCCAUCAGAAUCCUUGCAGUGCUACUUUAACGCUCUCUUUCUGUCCAAACAUUGUUCAGUAAGGAUGGAGUAACUUCUGUUGUGUUGCUUGAAGACUUUGAGUUGAGGUAUGUCACUUGCGUGGAUGUGGGGCGGCUUUAUGUGGCUCGAAGUUUGGACGCGGCCAGUGGUGAGCAGGCAACACUUUGAGCCAUGGGAAAUGUACAACGUGUUGACUCCCAGGCCAAGCCUUUCAGGUAUGAGUUCAAUGGCAACAUGCUCUCAGCUGAGGAUGUGAGCCUGAAGAGAGCGGAGUUUGAACCACAUCCCUUUGACUGUGGAAAGUUUCGCGUGGCAUUCAGAGGAAAGGUGUAUGUCGGAGCGGAUGCACAAGGAGCAAUUGUGGACAGGCGGCUCAUGGACCGUUUGAAUGGUUGUUGGCAGAGACAAAAGGAUAGACCCUACUACCCAUGCAUUGUGAAAGCAUUCAAACGCUCUCGUGCCAUGCAGGCUGCAGAAUGGAAUAAAGACUUGCAGGCGUUGGACGAGGCUACUUUGCUGGCACCAAAGUUCAAUCGGGAUGUCAAACCUGUCAUUCCUUGGUGCCAAGUGAUGUUUGCAAGUGCAUUCCUGUAUGAGGUUUCUUGCGUGGGAAGCACAUCAACAUCCGCCUUUUGUCAAAGAAGAAACACCCAAACAGGUGGUCUUCGUGAAGGCGAGCGAGUUUGCGUUGAGCCCGAGCUGGAGGGUGAGUUUAUCAAGGCAAACUGCAACAAUGGAUACGUCACCAAAAAAAAGGGACACCACAUUGAUGUAGCACAAGCCUUCUCCCACUAUUCCUGGUGGGUAACAAAAGGCGAACUCCUCAUAUGUGACCUCCAAGGAGUUCUGGGCAAGACUGGCUGGAAGUUCACAGAUCCAGCCAUUCACAGUCAAGAAGGACAGCAGCGCUUCGGAGUGACAGAUUUGGGGCCAAGAGGAAUCAAUGCUUUUUUCUGCUCACACACCUGCAAUGAGAUAUGCUGGAAGUGGGAGAAGCCUCAGACGCUGGUUGACUUGGGAAUGGAUCCAGUUGCCUACCACACGACGUUCUCCUUCGAGCAGGUGCAAGUGUCCUCUGCGGUUCACAGCCAGCAGGAUUUUGCGAACAUCCUAGGCCACGAGCAUGCAGGGACAUGCUAUGCGCAUGCUGCAGCAACUAUCAUUUGCGCCAGCGAGCGUCGCAUCGUAGGGAGGAGCUUGGAGAGGCACUUCGAUAUCGUGAGCAGACUAGUUCAAAAGCAUGGCUCACAAGGUGCCAACCCGCUAAAGGUGCUGACGGCAGAAUGUGGCUCCAAGCGCUUGAGAUGCGCAACAAUCAAUGCAGGAACUGUGGAAAACGUCCUGCAGAUGGGGCGUGCAGUUCUUGUGAGCUUUUGGCUUGACAAGAACCAAUGGAGCUCCCUAAGCUCAUUCUUCGAAAGCUAUCCGUCGGGAGUGUUGGAAAAACUUCCUGACAGGGAUGGAAGCGAAGUGUCUGGUCACUCUGUCAUUAUCAUCGGCUGUGACCAAAAGGCGUGGAAGAUCAAGAACAGCUGGGGAGAUGGCUUUGCCGAUGACGGAUACUUCCGCUUCUCGCGGCAACUGCUGGCAAAGCUUCAAGCAGAGUUCAUUGACGUCUUCUUUCUCGAGUGCGAUCUUCGAGAUGAGGAUAAGAAAGCUUACAUUGAAUAUUGUCACCAUUCCCCCCUUCGAACCUUCGAAUCCUAAGAUGCAGGAGGUUUGAAUCUUGAGACAUCCAGCUGGAGGCCUUAGCACCCUUGC